GUUGUUGACUGAAAUCAAAGAUGGCGUCUGGCGCCGUUUAAAUUGAGGGAUCGGUGAAGGGUUACCAGUCAAAGACACUGAUUGGUCAAACCCCAGUCGAGUGAACGGUGAGCAUGGCAUUUGAGGAGCUGAAGAAGAAAGGAGUGAUGGAGAUGCCAGGUUUGGAAGGUGAAGUUGGCCUAGUGGCUGGUCGUAGUCAGAGGGAGAAAAGACGUUCAUAUAAAGACUUGCUGAGGGAAGAGGAAGAAAUUGCAGCGCAGGUGCUUAAAACCUCCAAGAAACGCUCCAAGGAGUCAGAAUUGUUUUUGAUGGGGGGUGAUUCACACAAGAAAAAGAAGAAGCACUCGAGUGAUGACUGCUACUACAGAGACCACCAUGGCUCCGGUCCUCCUCCUCAUAAGAAGAAACGCAAGUCUUCCGACCACUCUCCCUCGCUGUCAUCUUCAUCCUCCUCACAGCCAGCCCACUCUGCAGAUACCGCUAUGGGUCUCUUGCAGGCCAUCACCUCUCCUAUGGCCACGGGCUCUGAGCCAAGCCCCCACCUGCACAAAAAGCCCUCUUACCCCCCACACUCCUCGCACUCAUCCUCCAAAGACCGCAAGCGGGAAGGCGGAAACAAAAGUGGUCACUCCUUCUCCCACUCCCGCCCACUGGCAUCGUCCUUGUCCUCCAAGAAGCACUCUUCGUCCUCAUCUUCUUCCUCCAAAUCAUCCCUGUUUCAUGGUGGUGCAGGGAGGGGCGAACCGCUCACUCUCCGAGAGGCUGAGGGGCUGAAGAUGAAGCUCAUCCUCUCGCCCAAAGAGAAGAACGAGGGAGUGGGGCCUAAUGAGGGCUUCUCCUUCCCACUGCACACUUCCUCCUCGGGACACCACUCCUCCUCUGGUGUGAAGAAAGGGGGGAUGAAGAAGGAGAAGGACAGGGAGCGGACGACAUCGUCCAAGCUGCCGAAGAAGAAGCAGCACAGUCGAGAGCCGCUGCCUGUGGUGGGGAAGGAAGUGGAAGUGGAGGGGCACUAUGGUGGGUCUUUAGGACUGGGAGGAGACAGUUCAUCUUCAGGAGGGGAGCUGGAAGCAGGCGAGCUUGUCAUUGAUGACUCCUACACGCACAUCUCCAAAAAAAAGAAAAAGAGUAAGAAGAGCAAAAAGAAAAAAGAAAAAGAGAAGGAUAGGGACAAGGACAAAAGCUCGAAGGAGAAGAAGCACAGCAAAGGAGGAAGUGCCGGGAAGAAGGGGCACACAGGGGAUACAUCCAGAAGCCACUCCCAUUCUCACAGCUCAUCCAAUCAUAGCACUUCAGGAGUGAUGUAUGCCAUGCCACCACCAAUCUCCUCCCAUCAUCAUCACAGCAGUGACCUGAUGAUUGAGAAGAAGAAAAAGAAAGAGGAGAAGGAGCGGGACAAGCAUGACAAGCCAAAGAAGAAGAAUACAACAGCAUACCAGGUGUUCUGCAAAGAAUACAGGGUCAAUAUAAAUGCUGAGCAGCCUGGCCUCGUAUUUGGGGAACUGAGUAAGAAGCUUGCAGAGGUUUGGAAGCAGCUGCCUGAAAAAGACAAGCAGGUCUGGAAGCAGAAAGCUCAGUAUCUUCAACAUAAGCAGAACAAAGCUGAGGCCUCUACAAUCAGGCAGAAGAGCUCCUCAUCAGAGAGCAAAAGCAAAGGCUCCAGUAAGGGCGUGGGCUUGGGGGCGGGGCUAACCUCUGCAGGACGCUCUUCUCUAGCCAUGUCUCUCUCUCCGGCACGGGUGCCAGAGGUGGAUCCCAUUGAUGCUGCUGCUCACCUACAGCUUCUGGGAGAGUCCCUCUCCCUCAUUGGCCACCGGCUACAAGAGACCGAGGGAAUGGUGGCAGUGUCCGGCAGCCUCUCUGUCCUUUUAGACUCCAUUUUAUGUGCGCUUGGUCCACUGACCUGUCUCACUGCCCAGGUGCCCCAGCUCAACGGCUGUCCUCGCAGUGUCCUGUCAAACACCCUGGACAAUAUAGCUUACAUAAUGCCAGGACUAUGAAGCCUCUAUCUUGAGGCCAGAUGGCACUGCCCCAGCUGUACUUCACCAGAAGCAGGCCUCCUUCACCACACAGGACUCGCUUUUAGUGGCAUCAAACAAAAAGUCUGACAGAAGGGUGUUUUUUGUUUGUUUGUUUGGUUGUUUUUUUUUAGCCAUGCCCAGUCAAAUCUGGGUCAAAAACGACAUUUAUCGUCAUAGACAGGUUUUUAAAGGCAAUUUUAAAACAUUAGAUAUUUUUUAAUUGUACUUUUUUAAAAAGAAGGAAUCAGGAAUCCUAUUUUGAAGAACACGACUGUGGGAUCGCUGGGUUUUACAGUAACAAUGUUUUGGUCUGUGCAUGUGUGUAUGUUUGUGUGAGUGUGUCUUGUAUGAGAAUUUGUUAGUAUUCUUAUUGAACUUACAUACAUUCAUUACAUCCAGAGCAAUUUAUUUUUAUGCAAACGUGUACAGUUUCAUGUCAGGGCCCAAGGCUGAUUUUAUUAAUUUACCAUUAAGUUAAUAUAAAGAAACAGCAGUUUAACUGCAGUAGUCAUUUUAUUGUCUCACGUAGAGUUUUGUAUUUGUAAAAAUUUAAUAUGAUUUUAAAUGUUAUAAUUUGUUUAUAGUAAAGGUAUGUAUGAAAUCAUUUUUAAAGUGUCACCAAAACAGUUGAAAUACCUACAUUUAUAAGCAUAUGUCUGUAAUUCAUUUUCAUUAACACAUUGGCCGAAACCGGCAAGAAAUUGGUGUCUGGGUUCAUUAGAUGACAGGUGAACUGAGGAAGUCGUUUGUUUGCCAAUGGAGUAGUUAUGGAUUACAUAUAUAUAUAUUUUUUAUCGUUCGGGUUCAAACAUUUGAAUAAAAAAAAUCGCAUUGUU